AACUGACAGUUCAGUGGUCAAACGUGUGUCAAACUAAAGUUCACGUGUUGGUGUAUUUUUAUUUCAAAAAUAUUAAUGUUUUUCAUUAUUUAAAAUGUUACUAGAAAACAGUGAUGUCGAUAUUUUUGUAGCUAGUAAAAUAGGUUCAUUUAAACAUAUAAAAUACCACAGUGAAGCCUCUAAAAACACAAAGAAAUGUAUAGAAAACCUCGUGGAUAUAAAGAAACUUCAGAAAGAUGACACAAUCACGCGCAUGGUGUGGGCCAAUGAGGAACAAACAGAAAUACUGAUUGGCAGGAGAAAUCAACAGGUCCAAACAUACAACACAGAGCAAGCCAAGUUCACGCAAACAGUGACCGCAGACUACGCCAAGGGAGAUGUAGUUGGGCUCGGCAAGUACAAGCGAAGGCUCAUCACAGCUCUAGCGUCUGGUGUGGUGAAGAUCUGGUCCAAGAAGGACGAGGUUGUGAUCAAUACUGGAGCGGAACUGGAUGCGUUGAAGAGCUGUGAAGAGAAUAGGAGUGUGUUUGCUACAGGCGGCAAAGAAAACGACAUAAAACUAUGGCUCAUCGGCGAGCAUCGGCCAAUAUUCCAGGCCAAGAACUUGGCCAACGAUUGGCUCCAGCUGCGGCAGCCGGUGUGGGUCACUGACCUCUGCUUCCUGCCGGGGGAGGGGGGGCGGCUGGUGGUGGGGUGCUCCAGAUAUGGAUAUGUCAGGUUAUACGACACGCGCGCGCAGCGGCGGCCGGUCGUGAACGUGGAGUUCAAGGCGAUGGCAGCCACCUGUGUCACUCCUAGCUUCGACGACAAACAAGUGCUAGUUGGCUUCGGCAGGGGGCAGUUGCAUCAAGUGGACCUGCGCGGGAAGGGGCGACCUGAUAAAGGCUACAAAGGCAGUGCGGGCGCUAUAACCUGCGUCGCCGCAGCCCCCGCCCCGCGCCGCAUAUUGUCUGUGGGCCUCGACCGACACUUGCGAGUCCAUGAUUAUGACAGUAAAGCGCUACUGUAUAAGCAAUACCUGACCUCCAAGCUCACCGGCCUGCUGGUCCAGACGGCCACGUCCACGCCGCUGCAGCACCACGACGACGAGGCGGUGAAGGAAGAGGAAGAGGUGAAGGAGGAGGACGACCUGGAUGCGCUGUUUGAAGAGAUGGAUACUGUGCUCGAAAAGCCGAAAAAGAAGAAGGCAGAAGAAAAACCCGCCACCACCGAAGCUAAAAAACUAAAACCGUCGACAGAGGGCAGCACAGAAGUGGACCUAGAACAGGCAGAGGAAGUAGAGGACUCAGAGGACGCAGAGGACCCGGAGGAAGCCAUCAAGAAGCUGCUGAAGAGCACGGAGAAGAAGAAGAAGAGAUUGGAGAAGAAGAAGAAAGAGAAAAGGGCGAAGAGCGUGUUCUUUAAUGCUUAGAAUAUACGGAGUUGAAAGUA